AUGAAAAUGGCUCACCAAAGGUCGACUGCAUUGGUGAUACAAGGAGAAGAAAUAGUUCAAUAUCAACGUGCUGUAUCUCGACUCAUUCGUAAGCUUGAUCGACGACUUAUUCCAUAUUUGGCAUUCGUCGAGAUCACUAGAUUUGGCUUUCAAGUUGCCAUAGGUAUUUUUCCAAUACAUUUUAAGCUUAUUGCAAAAAAAGUUUUUCAAAUGUUAACAGGUCAUGCCCUGCUCACUGCUUUCAAAGGUGAUCUGAAUUUGACAGCAGAGGAGAAUAAUUGGGCGACAUCAGCCUUUUUUAUUGCAUAUCUAAUCUUCGCAAUUCCGAGCUGUUUAAUAUUGCGCUUGCUUGGUGCAACUCGUUAUUUAUCGCUAAGUUUAACUUCAUGGGGUGCAAUCACGAUGGGCAUGGCAUUUGUAAAAAAUGCCCGUGAACUGAUCAUUCUUCGAUUUCUUCUCGGCAUGGUUAUAGCUGGCUAUUUUCCAGGCAUCAUCACUUAUUUUUCUUUAUGGUAUCCGAGACGAGAGCAAAUCAUGAGAAUCGCUAUAUUUUGUACUGCCACAUUCGCCUCUGGAGCACUCGGUUACGCAAGUAGUAAAAUGAACGGCAUUGCCAAUUUGAAAAGCUGGCAAUGGCUCUUUUUGCUCCCAGGACUGCCUGUCAUCCCAAUAGGCAUUAUCACUUAUAUCGCUCUUGGUAGUAUACCUGAAACUGUUCAAUGUAAGACUAAAUAG